GCGGCGGCUACUGUCGUAUUUCCUGGGGCGUCCGUAUCUGGGCGGUUUGUGCCGGCUGGUGGUGGUCGCGUUGCUGUCUGGUAGAGGAGUGGGAGUUGGUGGCUGCGGCCUUUGGGCUGGGAUGAACCGCGCUCUCGGUGGAGGCCGGGGAGCCGAGCCAGAGCCAUGGCCAGUACAGUGGUAGCAGUUGGACUGACCAUUGCUGCUGCAGGAUUUGCAGGCCGUUAUGUUUUGCAAGCCAUGAAACAUAUGGAGCCGCAAGUAAAACAAGUUUUUCAGAGUCUACCAAAAUCUGCCUUCAGUGGUGGCUAUUAUAGAGGUGGGUUUGAACCCAAAAUGACAAAACGAGAAGCAGCAUUAAUACUAGGCGUAAGCCCUACUGCCAAUAAAGGAAAAAUAAGAGAUGCUCAUCGACGAAUUAUGCUUUUAAACCACCCAGACAAGGGAGGAUCUCCUUAUAUAGCAGCCAAAAUCAAUGAAGCUAAAGAUUUACUAGAAGGUCAAGCUAAAAAAUGAAGUAAAUGUGUGACAAAUUUUAAGUUCUUGUUUAUGUAUACAAGUGCUAGCUUUUUAUAAUAAAAUGCCUCAAAGCUACAAAUUUUAAAUGAUUUGGCACAAACUAAACCAAAGCUUUGGUAGAAGUUUCUUCUUUGAAUGUGAGGAUUUUAAAUGAGAUUAUAGAGUAUUUGGAGAUUUAACAUUCAGUAAUUAUAGAUACCACUUGAAUAGAAAUUAGACCGUCUCUGGCUGUGAAGGAGCCCCCAAUCUAAUGGGAUAGUGAAAAAUUGGUAAUUAAAAUACAGUGUGAUAUUAGGAUAAAAUUUGCACAGGUUGUUAUAGGAGGGAUUCAUCCUAUUGGGAGAAAAGGCUGCUCAAAGUUGAGAAAACCAACCCCACUGCUUGGAACCUUAAAUUUUAAAAGUGAGUUUAGCCACAACUUUGACCUAAGAAAUAUAUCUGAUUAUAUAUAUAAUUGGCAGAAUUUAGACUUCAUACAAAAAUUGUUAACAGUGUAAGAUUUGACAGUAGAGGUCUUGUUUUUAAUCAAGAAGUAUUUACAAUGUAUUGAACUAGCCACUUAAACCAAAAGUUUGUAAAUUAUUGGGUUUUUUUUUUAUGUAGUAAGUUUUUGCAUUUGUUAUGACUAAGCUUAAACACCGUUAGCAAAACUAAAAUCUGAAAUGCUCUCACUUAUGGAAAAUACUCAGCAUGGACUAUUGGAGAAUUUAUAAACAUAUUUAAAUAACAUUUAUGGGUAAAUUGGCUUACUAUUGAUCUAACAUAAAAUAUAGAAGGAUCUUAACUAGUGGACCUGUAAAAACAUCUGAAGUAAAAGUCUGCGGCCACCAGCAAGAAUACUGUUAGCUGUAAGAUGAUAAAGUAUACUACCUACAUCAUCUUAAAAGUUCUAAUUAAUGGAGAACACAAGACUUUCAAGGUCAGUUAAGAUCAAAAUAGUGGCGGCAGUCCUGUUUGGUGUCAGAAUGUGUUUACCAGCACUUCAGAUUUGGGUUAUAUCUGCUCUUUAUCUUCCCGUUUCUGAUUUAGAGUAGGAGAAAGCACCAGCUUAAGGCAGCCAUGGCUUUUAUGUAAGAUAAAUCUUUUUAGUUAUUUCUAGGGAGAAGGGAUAUGAAGGUACACUUUGUUAUUCAAAGUAGUAAUGUUCUAUGAAGUUACUCUAAACAAUGAAAUUAGAAAAUAUUGAACCAUGUGUUCAUAGGGGAAAUAAAGGUUCCUCUGACCCUCUGGGUCAUGUUUUUAUCAGUCAAUA